AAGAAAGGUCAACGAGAACAGAAAGUGAUUCUUGUGAAGUGUAUAUCAUCUUUAUAAAUUAUAAACAAUAAACGAUUGAAAAGUGAUCAAGUUUGUAAAAGUGUGUGUAGAACAAUGGCCGAAGACGAUCAAAACUGCAUCAAAAAAUUGAAAAUUAUGCGAGGAGAGGUUAAUUGGGAGAUAAAUAAUGAACGACGAAAAUUUCUCAAUCAAUUCUAUACUUUGAUCGAAAAUUGGGAGGGUCAAUUGCCAAAUCUUCCAGACAUUUUUCAAAGCGAAGAAAUUGAUUGGCUCCUCAAGCAGCAUGUCAAAAUCAUGUGCAAAAGCAAAGUUAUACUCAAAAAAUCUCUACUACUCGAUUUCGUAAUCCGGUGCGGCUACAAAGACCAGCCCAAAGUCAAUGAAGACGGCAGGCCAUUGUUGCGUCGCACCACACCAAUACACAUGGUGGCUAGACACGAAUAUAGCCUUUCUUUGCACUACAUUACUCGGGAUCUCUUCAAAAUAUACGACAGAUUCGAUGUGAAUUAUAACGACGAAAAGUCAUGCUACACACAUUUCCAUGUAGCUUGCCGGUAUGGCUGUGACGAGGUCGUUGAGAAAUUUCUCGAGUUCGGCCAGGAUCCCAAUUGCUUUCCUGAUCAAGAAACUAAUGCGAGCUCUGUCGAUCCGCCGCUACGCUUGGCUCUUGUUAACAGUCACAAGCAAGUUGUGAGAUUGUUGCUGAGAUUUGGGGCGGAUCCAAACUUGACCGACGCAGAGGGGUCGACACCUCUGCAUCUUAUUUGCGAUCACUGCGACGAUGACUUCAUGGAGAUGUUUUUCAAGAUCAACGAAGACAUGCAUCGGACUCUGCAAGUCGACGCCCUCGACAACCAUGGAUGGGCCCCGCUGCACUUGGUUCUGGAUCGUCGCCUGAAGAAAAAAACCGAAUUGUUACUGUCGAGAGGCGCAAAUCCGAAUUUGGUUAACGCGGAUGGAAAGUCACCGUUACACAUGAUAUGCACGAGAGACCAGGAAUUCGAUAAUUAUGAUAGUGAUGGUAGUGAUGAUAGUAAGGAUAGUAAGGAUAGUGAUGAUAGUAAAGAUAGUAACGACGAAAGUGAAAGUCAUGAUGUUGAAGAUUAUAAGUUGAUGGAGAUAUUUUUCAAGACCUGCGACGAAAAACAUCAAACGGUGGAUGUCGACGCUCGAGACGAUUUCGGACGGACACCACUGCACUUGGUUGUUCGUGACAAAACCGAGAAACUAGCGGAACUACUUUUGAGAAGGGGUGCCAAUCCGAAUCGAACCAACUCGGGUGGAUUAACUGCUCUGCACAUCAUGUGCAAAGAAGGUCAAGGCGAUGAUGAUAUUGAUAAUGAUUACGUUGAUGAAGAAUUUGUUGAGCUAUUUUUCAAGAUCACGGACGAGAUGCAGCAGUCGGUCAAGGUCGACGCCGUGGAUGAGAAGGGCAACACACCGCUGUACUAUGCUUUACAUAGUGGCGCCGGAAAAGUAGUCGAACUACUGUUGAGAAACGGCGCGGAUCCGAACUUAGCCGACGCAGAAGGAUUGACUCCUCUGCACAUUCUUUGCCAGCCAGACUUUAAUCUUUAUUACAACGAUCAAAAUUUGUUAGAAAUUUUCUUCGAGGUUAAUAAGGACAAACAUAAGAAAUUACAGGUCGAUGCCAUGGACAAGAAGGGCAACGCACCGUUGCAUUUAGCUCUGCAGAAAAGUAACAAGAAGGUGAUUGAAUUGUUGCUGAUGAACGGCGCCAACCUAAAUUUGCCCGAUGCGGAGGGAUCGACUCCUCUGCACAUCAUUUGCAAGAAAACAGUUCGUCGUAGCGACGUAGAUAAUCAUCGUGAUCUGUUAAAGAUGUUCUUCGAGGUGAGUAACGUGAAAAAUCAGCCGAUGCAAGUCGACGCCUUCGACAAGGAGGGCAACGCACCGUUGCACUUGGCUCUGAAUCGCAAUAACGCCGACAGGAUAAUAGUCGCGUUACUACUGAGCAACGGCGCCAACCCGAAUCUGGCCGAUGCGAACGGAUCGACUCCUCUGCAUAUGAUGUGGAAACAUUAUUACAAUGGCUAUAAACUUGCGAAGAUAUUUUUCGAUAUCAGCGAUGAAAAUGACCAAACGCUGCAGGUCGACGCUCGGGACAAGUUGGGCCGGACACCGCUGCACGUGGCUUUGGAAUACGGUGACAGAGUCUCGACCGAAUUGCUGCUUAGAAGAGGUGCCAACCCGAACUUGGCCGAUGCAGAGGGAUUGACUCCUUUGCACGUAAUUUGCAAAGAAUACGACGAAGAUGAAUAUUCUGACGAUGACAGCGACGAUGAUGGUGGUAACAAAGGCCUGGCAAAGUUAUUUUUACAGAUCAACGACGAAAUUCAGCAGACUGUGCAAAUCGAUGCCAUAGACAGGAUGGGUCGGACACCGCUGCACUAUGCUCUAAGUGUUGGUGCCAGAAGCAUAGUCAAAUUGCUGUUAAGAAGAAGAGCCGACCCGAACUUGGCCGAUGCAGAGGGAUUGACUCCUUUGCACGUAAUUUGCAAAGAAUACGACGAAGAUGAAUAUUCUGACGGUGACAGCGACGAUGAUGAUAAUAACCUGGCAAAGCUGUUUUUCCAGAUCAACGACGAAAUUCAGCAGACUGUGCAAAUCGAUGCCAUAGACAGGAUGGGUCGGACACCGCUGCACUUGGCAUUGGAAUACGGUGACAGAGUCUCGACCGAAUUGCUGCUUAGAAGAGGCGCUAACCCGAAUUUUGCUGACUCAGAAGGAUUGACUCCUCUGCAUAUCAACGAGGAAAUUCAGCAAACAGUGCAGGUCAAUGCCAGGGAUAUGUUAGGCAAAGCACCGCUGCACUAUGCUCUAGGCGUUGGCGCCAGAAGCGUAGUCAAAUUGCUGUUAAGAAGAAGAGCCGACCCGAACUUGGCCGAUGCAGAGGGAUUGACUCCUCUGCAUAUCAACGACGAAAUUCAGCAAACAGUGCAGGUCAAUGCCAGGGAUAUGUUGGGCAACGCACCGCUGCACUAUGCUCUAGGCGUUGGCGACAGAAGCGUAGUCAAAUUGCUGUUAAGACGAGGUGCCGACCAGAAUUUGGCCAACGAGGCUGGAGCAACACCUCUGCAUAUCAUUUGCCAGACUAAAAACGCCAAUAGAUUGACAAAGAUAUUUUUCAAGAUCAACGACGACAUCCAGGAGACCGUACAGGUCGACGUUCGAGACAAAUUUGGUCGGACACCACUGCAGUGGGCCGUGGCUAAGCUCAAGACGCAUUGCUUCAAAAGUCUGCUGGAUCGUGGUGCCGAUGUAUCCAGCUUCGAUUUUCCCACCGAGAAUUACUUUGCCGAAAAUUACAGACCACCUCGUGGAGUCGGGAGUGCUGUGUACAACACUAUGUUCAUCCUGAAGUCCCUGGAAGAAAGAGGAUUUAACUUGGACCAAAACAUCGCCUUGAUGAUCAUGAAAUUUUUCGCCAAACACGGAUUGAUCACUGAUGAGUCUGUAGAUAUGGACGAAUGUUUGCGUAGCGAUGAAUACUUCGCGAGAGAGGCCAAAGAACACAUGAUGACGCCGAUCCUGUCAUUCUACGAUUUUCUUCGUCUGCCAUAUGAAGAGGCAGAGAAAAUAUUCACACUUAAAAAUUACGAGGAGUUAACAUCUGAAAUUUUGGAUCAUUAUGAUAAAUCUCACACAAAGUUUAUUUUGUUCCUGUGCGAGAUAUUAACUACAAGAUUUUUCCAGAGAUGGACCCUGGAAUUUUUUAUGACACUAACGCAAUACCAGCUGCCGAUUCUCUGCUGUGAUAUAAUCAUCCAGCAAUUGCGAUUAAAAGAUUUGUGGUGCAUUUGCCUGGCAGCCGCUGAUCAAAAUCUGGAAUAA